AUGGUUCUCCGCGUUGGAGCAGCCGGGGCCCCCCGAACCCCAGUGGCUCUGCAGCUGGGGAGAGGUUGGGUGCCUGUGAGCCGCCCACCGGCAAAGGCUUUGGCGGGCGGCCUGCUGGGGACUGUCCCCUCUGCUUUCCGGAAUGUCGAGCUGGAGUUGCUGGGAUCCGCCCUCUGGGCCGAGUUUGCCGAGUGGGGCCCGGUGUUGGCACUUGGCCCGGAUCGAGGCUUCACCCGGUUCCAGCGAAGCGGGCGCUCACAGGCCGGCGCUGUCUUCCAGGACUUCUUCUUCUACUCCCUCGUCUACGACCCGCAGCAGAAGACGCUGCUGGCCGACAAGGGCGAGAUUCGCGUGGGCAACCGGUACCAGGCGGACAUCACGGACCUGCUGAGGGAAGGCGAGGAGGACGGCCGCGACCAGUCCAAGCUGGAGACCAAGGUGUGGGAGGCUCACAACCCGCUCGUGGACAAGCAGAUCGACCAGUUCCUGGUGGCCUGGCCAGCCCAUCCCCACCCCGGCUCCCCCAGAGCCAGCCUGCCUCAGGGCGGGCCCGUGCUGUGCCGGGACGAGAUGGAGGAGUGGUCGGCCUCGGAGGCCAGCCUGUUCGAGGAGGCGCUGGAGAAGUACGGGAAGGACUUCACCGACAUCCAGCAGGACUUCCUGCCCUGGAAGUCACUUACCAGCAUCAUCGAGUAUUACUACAUGUGGAAGACCACCGACAGAUACGUGCAGCAGGUGGGCUGGGGACCACGGACAGACACGUGUUCAGGUGGGCUGGGGGACCACGGACAGACACGUACAGCAGGUGGGCUGGGGGACCACGGACAGACACGUACAGCAGAGAUCCUGCGCCCCUGGCACGCCGCCCGGCACCCCUGCCUGCCCAUCAACAGCGCAGCCAUCAAGGCCGAGUGCACGGCACGGCUGCCUGAAGCCUCGCAGAGCCCGCUGGUGCUGAAGCAGGCCGUGCGGAAGCCCCUGGAAGCCGUGCUCCGGUAUCUCGGUGAGCCUCCCCUCCCCUCCCUUUCCCUCCCCCAGCUGCUCCUGGGUGCCCGAGCCCGGGUGGCAUCUCCUGUGCUCGCGUGCGCCCUGCCUGGGGGGGUGAUGGACAGAGCUGUGGGUGUGGUUGGCGUGGCCGGGGAGGGCUGCCAGGCCCAGUUGGAGGAGGGCAUCAAGGGCUGUGAGGCCGUCAGCCUGGGCUGGGGCCACCUCCCCUGGGGAGCGAGCCAGCUCAGAAAGCGAUUAACACGCAGGCGCGUGGAGUCCGUGUGCACUUGUGGGUUUUUCCAAAAUGGGUGCUUCCGUGCUGUCUGUCGAGCGUGUGGUCCUGAGCGCUGGGCAGGGCCAGCCCACCUGGACCUUAACUCACUAACUCCUGCCCCUGCUCUGCGCCCACCCCGCCUCCCCCGGGCACGCGCCACGCUAACGCUCAGUGUUCUCUUCUCUCCGCAACCCGUCCCUUUUGUAGGCACUUACCUGGGCCUGACGAACCACGGACAGACCAGGCACAUGGGACCAAGCCGGAACCUCCUGCUCAAUGGGAAGUCCUACCCCACCAAAGUGCGCCUCAUCCGGGGGGGCUCCCUGCCCCCCGUGAAGCGGCGGCGGAUGAACUGGAUCGACGCCCCCGACGACGUGUUCUACAUGGCCACCGAGGAGACCAGGUGGGGCCCGAUGAACUUAAGCUCUGUACCUUACACCUGGAACGUCAGGGCCGGCGCAGCCGGCGGCCGAGCUGCCUAG